AUGGACCACCUGCCGCAUCCCAUCCGAGCCACCUUCCCUCCGCUGACCAUACCAUACUACGACAAGUACAAGUUUGACAAAGGCGACUUUUCCGGGUAUCCAUCGAGAUGCGGCUUCGACAAGACCGAGUUCCAGUGGGGUGACUUCUGUUCUGUGCCGUGGGAAGACCACGACGCGUUCUUCCAGGCUUGGCUCUUCUUUGGACUGCUAUAUGAUUUCUUCGGAGCAGACGGUGAGGAGUUCAUCGAUCAGGGUGCGAAGAGGAUCACGACGGCCAGUCUGCCACGACUGGCAGCCAAGUGGCAGAAGAGCCUACCAAGGUUCUCACGCAAAGACCGGCUCUCUGAAUAUGAGCGCGUGCAGAAGAGCUUACGCGAGGCGUGUGAUGCUGUGGGCUUCCUUGACACCGCGGAGCGCAGAGCAAAGGGGCAGUCGAACUUGAGCGAAGAGAUCGCGUAUUCCAUCGUCGUCCUUGGUCUGACUCUCGAAGAAGUGAAGAUAUACCACAGCGGUAUCUCUGCGAUCGGUGGAGUAGAUAACACAGACCUCAUCUCGACGCAAGUCGGCGGCUGGCCUUCCACCGAGCUUGUACGAAAGCGAUUCGAAGCAGGGGGCUGGUGCAGAUCAGGAACCAAACGGCUGCAAAGUUACUUCAUGGCUACUGGCCAAUUUUACUGUGCGUCCUUGGAGAGCGCUGGACUGCAGAUUGACCAUUCGGCGUGCACAGAGGACCGCUGCAUGGCCGAGAACAUCAACGAAAGCACAUAUGUCACUGCACAUAGCGAUGCGUGUCAUGACCAGACCUCGUGCCAGCAUUCCGGGCCACAGCUGUCGGACAUGGAGGCCAUUCUCGAAGCCGGCAAUUACCCUGUGCUAUCCAUCGCAUUGUUGAAGGACGGGUCCAGCUUCGAGAUUAAGGCCGUGCCCUACCACAAGUCCAUACGCUACACCGCCAUCUCGCACGUCUGGGCUGACGGCGUUGGGAAUCCCCAUGCUAACACUCUUCCCAUAUGUCAAAUAGAGCGCCUCCAUCACUUGCUAGCUUCCUUGCAAGAGCAGGUCGAUCCACACUGGUCGUCUGUCAAGAACUUCUUGAAGCGGUCUUCCAAGAAAGAGCCGCUGUACUUCUGGAUGGACACCCUGGCGAUACCACUGCGGAAGGACCUGCGCAAGAAAGCAAUCAAACUGAUGUAUCAGGUCUACAAGAAUGCUACGAACGUAUUAGUGCUCGAUCGGACCAUGUUGCACUUCUCCACCAUCGACCGAUCUCUCGAGGAACUAUGCUUUCGCGUGUCUGUCUCUGCCUGGAUGAGACGUGCGUGGACUCUGCAAGAAGGCGCACUGGCGAACUCUCUUUACGUUCAGUUCAAGGACAAAGCGGUGAAUGUAGUAGAAGCUGAAGAGAGUAUGUCGAAAAAGCUCAUGCGCGCUGAAUCAAGCAACGUGGUGCUUGAGGAAAGCUGCAGCGCGAUCAGGAAUAUCAUGGGAAGUGGAGCAGAGAGAGACGAUGGGCAGCUCGUGACUGCGCUAUCUGGCAUCAGAGCUCGAUCAACCUCACACGAGGAGGACAAGGAGAUCUGUUUUGCCGUCAUGAUGCGUUUUGAUAUGGAGGCUGUGAUGAGCGCUGAAGGCCAGAUGCGGACGGCGAACAUUUACAGGCAACUUCCUUACAUACCUGAAAAGCUGUUCUGGCACACAUGCCCAUCAAUGGACAUCUCUGGUCUCAAGUGGGCACCUCGGAGUCUCUGGGACUGCGUAGGAGGCAUUCCGGAAUUUGGAAUGAAGCUUUCGGAGCAAGGCCUUCACAUCGCCACCUCUGGCAUGGUAUUUCGCGCCAGAACUCAUUACCUCGACAGAUGGGGCCCGCAUCUCCGCGAUCCGACCACUGGAAAAUGGUACAACUUCCGGUGGCAAGAAGCCGAAGCAUUCGACGGCACUCGAGUCAAGUCAAAGAACGAGUGGACUGUUCUCGCAGUCAUCUUGCGCACGGCUGUUAUGCUCAAUCCUAUCCAAGAUGGGGUCGUGAUUCGUUUGGACCAGACUGUGGCGAGCCCAGCACUUUUGGAGCUUCAGCGGAUUGUUGGCGCGAGCGAUGGAAACGCAAUUUCGGGAGAGAUCAUGGGCCGUGGGAAAUUCGAGGAGCUGGACCCGGCGACAACUACAUAUCUGGCAGAGCGAACGGAAGCAAACAAGAAGGGGUUUGAUGAAUUCAGAGCAGAUGUCCGUGCUGGCAAAAGCAGACUUGAGGACUGCGACGAGCUGACACGGAGAGUGGUCGUCGAAGAAGGUGAUGACUCGUGGUAUGUAUUUGACGGCAUCAUGGUUGGUGAUAGGCAGAAAUGGAUAGUGCAGUGA